AGUGCCCAACCCACUGCUCUGUUACAGUAGCAGAGACGAGCAGCUGCAGAAAUAGCACCAUCUCCAAUGGUGUAGGGAUCUUGAAGAGCAGCCACAGUCUCUCACAAGCAACAAAGUACAAAAUCCUUCGCAUGUUGCAGUAGAAUGAGGAAUCUAAUGAUGCUUUAAUCUGAAAGGCUAUUUGAUUACAUCACUUCAGUUAUUUUAAGGAACCAUGGCUGGAAAGUCAACUCUACUAAAAGUGAUCCUACUGGGUGAUGGUGGAGUAGGGAAAAGUUCACUCAUGAAUAGAUACGUUACCAAUAAAUUUGACAUUCAUCUGUUUCACACAAUAGGUGUUGAGUUUCUCAACAAAGAUUUGGAAGUAGAUGAACAUUAUGUGACAAUGCAGAUAUGGGAUACUGCUGGUCAAGAGAGAUUUAGAAGCCUUCGGACACCGUUCUAUCGAGGCUCUGAUUGUUGCCUCCUUACUUUCAGUGUUGAUGAUCACCAGAGUUUCCAAAAUUUGGGCAAUUGGAAAAAGGAAUUCAUCUAUUAUGCAGAUGUCAAGGAACCAGAGAGUUUCCCAUUUGUGGUUCUAGGUAAUAAAAUUGAUGUUGCUGAGAGGCAAGUUUCAACAGAAGAAGCUCAGGCUUGGUGCAAAGAGAAUGGUAACCAUCCUUAUUUUGAAACAAGCGCAAAAGAUGCUACCAAUGUUGCAGUAGCCUUUGAAGAAGCUGUUCGUCGUGUUCUUGCUGCUGAUGAUAGAUCUGACAAUUUCAUGCAAACAGACACAGUGAAUCUUAAUCGAGGAAAGAAACACAGUUCUUUCUGCUGCUGACUGUUGGAUGCUGUGAACUUUCCACUGUAUGCCAUUCAUUUACGAAUUGUUGAUUGAUUGGGUCAUGCAAAUCUGUUGGAACUGUUCUGAGAAACCAGUGCCAAUCAGCUGAAGAUACUAGGUUCCUUGGGUUGUGAAAGGGUUUGAAUGCACACGCACAAUGCUAAUGAGAUGAGUUACUCAUAGAUAAUUAACUUAUUCAUUGGCCAUAUACUUUAAUAAAAAGGUUUUGUGGAUUUGAAAUCAACUUUGAAAAAUGGCACAGCUUUACAUGCUUUAAAUUUAAAAAAAUUGUUGUUGAUGGUACAAUAUUUUUAACUGAAGUGUAAAAAUCUUUGUGCAACAAACCAUACUGUAGCUUGAGAUAACGGUUGGAGAAUUGGAACCUAAUUAACUCUAAACAUUUACCAUUUGUGUAAAUUGGUUCCAUAAAAUUCUCCUUUAUGUAUUCAUGUUCGUAAUCUGACCCUAAAAUAUAAUGGGGUUAAUUAUUAUUUUUUUCAAACAAGGGGGAAAUAGUUAUUUGCUGUUAUUGGAUAGAAACCACCACCUGUUUAUUUUCUCAUGCCCUAGUUUUGAGUUUUGUGUAACUAAAAUGUUUACUGAUCACAUUUUUCUUGAAUGAAAUUUUUGCAGGUACUGAAAACCUUGACUAGCUUUUGAGUUGGUUCAACUCUGCAGAAUGUUACAAUGUCAGAUAACCAAAAGAUAUCAUUCCAUUGUUAGCUGCAUUAAGUUUGAAAAAAGCAGAGUUUGACCAACAAUUUGGGUCAGUCACCUGCCAGAGUUUAGUUUGUUAAUGUACAGCUAAUUUUAAGUGGAAUAAUACAAAGGUACCGUGAAACUUUGAAAUUACUUGUCGAGGGCGCUGAAAUAAUUUAAAAUCUGCUUUAAACAUUAAACAUUAAUUGUUCAGCAUCAUUUAUGAAGCACCUUAUGCAUUUUUUUCUUUCCUCAGGGUUUAAUGUAGCCUAUAAGACUAAUUAUAUUUGUAAAUGCUGUUGUAUUUUGGGCAAUAUGUUGUCUCAUUACCAUAUUGUACGAAGUUAUCCACAGUUCUGAACUGGACUUUAUAAUUAUUUUAACUUUAAAUUGUAUCUUUUGUACAUUGUGACGAAAGAUAUGAUUUGAAUCUGUCAAACAAACUUAAUUCAGAAUCAUUGGCUUUAACUUACAGCUCUUUUUAAAUUUUGGCCUUCCCUUCUACAGUAUAUUCUGAUGUAUGCCAAAGUUGAAUCAGUUUUACACAUUUUUAGUGGUGAAAUAUUUCUUUCCUUUGUUUCUCUUUAUGUAAUCCUGUCUUCCUAAGUCAAGAAUAUUUGAUGCAAAGCUGAUCAAAGGCCUUUGCUGAGUUGUUUUGGAUGUGCUGUUGGCCAGUUUUCCCUUGUCUCCAUAUCUUUCCAUGAUCAAACUGAGAUCAGGAAUAUGGCAUUUCAUAAUCACUGACAAAUUGCAUUUUUGCUCGAGACACAAGUGGAAGGCCCAACAUGAUGAACCAUUGUAAUAUCCUGACAGACCUAUUUGUUAAGCAGAAUAAUACCUUUUAUUAAUAUGGCCAGAUCAGGCUUUACAUAAUGGAACAAUUAAUUCGGUUACAGAAAGGUGGAGUUAAAUAUAAAAGCACUUUAUUUUGAAGCUUUACAGUAAAUGUGCUGCUUGUAACAGUUAAAAUGACCCAUUUAACAAAUUAGGAUCUCUACUGUCAACUUUGGCUGUUAAGGUGCUGCUGAAUUACAUUUUAAUGUUGAUGAGAGUUGCAUUUGUUAAAUCACUGCACACUGCUGAGAAUUGAGUAGCCAUUUCUAACAAUGUCAUCUUUGCAUUAUUGCCACUGCUUUUGUUAGUUG